AUGGAAAACGAUGCAGCUGCCUACAUUCAGAGUUGUCAUCAAUGUCAAGUUCAUGGUAAUAUCAUUCACACUCAUUGUCUCCCAUUACAUUCUGUGAGCAGUUCAUGGCCUUUCUACAGCUGGGGACGGGAAAUCAUCGGAAAGAUCAAUCACGCGUCCUUAAAGCAACAUGCAUACAUCAUCACAACAACUGAGUAUUUCAAAAAAUUAGUUGAAGCUAUCCCUCUUCGAAGCACCAUUGGAAUCACGAUUCCGGCUUUCAUAAAGGAACAUAUCAUAUGCAGAUUUGGUGUUCCCAAGCAUCUCAUCACAUACAAGGGAACUCCUUUUGAUAACAAACAUGUGAGGGAGUUACUUGAAGAGUAUGGCAUCAAAUAG